UUGGAGAUUUAUGACGAACCAGUUGAGAUAUCUAAAGUCAAACCGGAUGAGGAAGAAGUCUCAGCAUUUGAGGAGAAAGUGUCAGUGGCUAGAAGAUUUGUGUGGGGUUGGACUUCUACAGUGAAGGAUGGUAUAGAUAAAACCAGAAGAACCUUUUCUUCAGUUGAGGAGAGAUCUAUAGAAUUUGUUCAGCUCUUGCACACUGACAGACAGUUUCAAAUGAAAGUUGGAGGCAUAACAGCGGCUGUGUUUGGUGGUGCACUGCUUGCAGGAAGAGGCCGUCGGCCAAUUAGAAGACUUUUCUUCUCAUCGGUUUUGGGAACAACUGCAGCAGCUAUUUGUUAUCCAAACGAGGCAGUUCUUAUUUCACAAAAAAAUUACCACAGACUAAAGACCUUCAUUAAAGAGCAGUGGGAAAAGCACAAUGAAAGGCAAGCUGAAAGAGCUGCUAAGGGGGAACUUAAAACUUCUGUUGAUGAAACAAAAACUUUGGAAGGUCAGAAAACCUCCACAGCAGAAGAAGUAAAAGCAGAGACUGCUUCAGCGGAUGUAGUCAAAGAGGAAGUUGCUUCGAGCCAGAACAAAGUCAAGAAGCAAGAAACACAAGAGACAACUACAGAACCAGUGGUUGUGUCAACGGAAAACACAUCCCAGGGAUCAUUUUGGAGUAAGAUCCCAUUUGUUGAUAAGUUUAUGGCACCAAGACCAAGUGAGGCUCAUGAAGUGAAGCGGGUUGAAGUGGUAGAAUCUUCAGAUAAGACUGGAAGUAGCAAAGAUCAAGUGAUAGUUCAAGAGGAGACAUCAAGCGAUGUUCCUAAGGCAGAAGGAGACACAGGGCAAUCAAACCCUGAAGACAAAGACAUGUACUCUACCCGCUCGUAAACAGUGUGACUUCUCAUUAGCCUCUAACUAGUGACAUUAUUAAAUAUUUUUGAAGGCAAAUUUAAAGAAGUAAAGCACCAUGUUCAAUCAAAUUGAAUAAUUAGGCAUAUUCUCUACACUGAUCUUGACAGUUUUUAUAAGGUGCUGACAUGCAGAAUUUGUUUUAUUAACCCUUGACAUCUUAAUAUCAGUAUGAAUAUUCUCCAUGCUGUUCUCUACACAUUUCCUAAG